ACUACAUUGGUUCGCCAAAUUCGCUAUAUUCUGCUUCAUAUCCACGAACCUGACGCAAGUUGCUACACUGGUCAUAGAAAGGAAGGACGCUACGCGAAUGUUCGAGACUUUAAGCAUCUUCUCCUUCUGUUGCAUGGGCAAUUUAAAAUUAUUCAGCUUAUACAUCAAUAUAAAACAUUGGGCGUUCAUAAUUUCUCAAAUGAAGCUCUUAGAACACGAACAGUUAGACGGGAAACUUUUAUCAUACGCCGACAUCGCAGAGGAUUACUCCCCGGAAAUAAUCGCAAAAUACACUAAAAGAUACACGAUUGUAUUUUCAAUUCUUCUACGACUGUAUAGUGUUACUUUAGUCGUGUUUGUGGCGACUCCAUUUUUUGAGUAUGCGCUGACGGCUGGCACUGGGUACCCGCACAUUUUGCCUGGGUGGGCGCCGUUGGACGAUUAUUUUCUGGGGUAUAUUUUGACAUUAAUAUUUGAGGUUAUAGCGUCCGUGUACUGUGUGUUUGUGCACGUGGCGUUCGACUGUGCUUCUGUGGGGAUCAUGAUUUUCAUCUGCGGUCAGUUCUCUCUGCUUCGGCGGAGGACGGAGGACAUCGCUGGAGGCGGCGAGGACUGCAUGCCGAAUGCGGAGAGGGAUGUGCGGGCGCAUCUCAGGAUUAUUGAGAGCCAUGGCACGCAUAUCGUGCUUUGCACCGUGAUCAAGAAACUGGACACAUUGUUGAGGAUCAUUUUAGGGGUGUACUUCCUGGUUGCCACCCUGACGUUCUGUGCAGUGGCGGUGAGACUCAGCUCCACCCUCAGCUUCAUGCAACUGGUGUCGCUACUGCAGUACAUGGCCGGCAGUCUGACCCAGCUCUUUCUGUUCUGCCGAUACGGGGACGCCGUCUUUCAUGAGAGCUCGUUCGACAUGGGCGAGGGACCAUUUGGCGCGGCGUGGUGGUCUCUCUCCCCGCGCAUGCGCCGCGAGCUGGUUAUGCUCGGCGCUGGUAUGAUACAACCACGGACGCUGCACGCGGGACCUUUCAACCAGCUCGACCUACCCUCCUUCGUACAGGUCGUUCGAACUGCUUACAGUUACUAUGCCGUAGUGGGACAGACUAAGUAAAGCUUCUGUUUUGUCAAAAAACUUUACAAAUGACACCAACAGCACAAAAACACUAAACUAAUAUAACGGUCGGAUCGUUAUGCCCGUCCUAUUCAGCAUGGCAAUAGAGUUAUAAGUAAGAAUAGAGCGUGCAUUGUUAUAUCGUCACUACUAAAAAACUUCUAUCUUCGUCUGUCAAUGAAAAGAAAAUUGUAGUAAGAUGUAUGGAAUGCAUAUAGACUUACUGCGUUUUAACUUUGAGAAGCAGCGUGAGAUACGAGAUUUUUUUAAAGUAGUGACGAUAUCAUAUUGUCGCAUCUAGGAUUGUGAUGAUCGGGAUUCUACGGGAUUUUUCCGAUUUCGAAUGAAAAAUUUCCCCGAAAACAAGCGAAUAAUAAUAAUAGACAUUAGUUUGAUUAGCAACUUCGGUUGUAGCCUUUUGGCUACGCUAUGCAUUAAUGCAAAAGAGUGAGGAGAAAUAUGUCGCUUAAUUUCAAACUUGGGUAAAUCCAUUCUGCUUUAAAGUUGAAUAUAUAAAAAAAAACCGGCCAAGAGCGUGUCGGGCCACGCUGUGUAGGGUUCCGUAGUUUUCCGUA